GGCAAAUUGAACAAGAAAGUCGAGUCAGCUUGUUCGAUUUUAUUAUUAUUUUUCACAAAAACUCUGUUUUUAAGUCCUUAAAAGCGGCUGUAUUUGAAAACAUAAAAGCUAGCAUGCGAGCUAACUGAUUGCCCGAACAGCAUCGAAAUCAUUCAGAUUAAGAUACAAUGGUGACUAUACCUGAAUGUGAGAGCCCGUUUCUGCCUCUUCUUCGUUCUAUUGAGGAUAAGUCGGCACCCAGCGAUGAUCGUGUUGACGCAUACUUCAGAUUCACAGAGCAGUUACGAGAGGAACAAGAUGUAUUUGUCACUGAAGUGUGUAGUCAUGUUGAAGAACUUACUGUUGUAUUUAAGAAUGAUAUGGUAAACCAAGAAACAGAAGUAUGUCAAGCUUCUCUACAAGCACUUGGUCACUGUCUUUACCAGCAACAAAUAGCAAGAACAUUUACUGAAAAUGACAGUAAAGCUCUACUUCAAGGUCUUACCAAAGUGAUAUCUACCACAGAAGAUAAGGGUGUGUGUACCAGAGCCUUGUGGUGUAUUGCUAAACAAAAUCUUCCAGAAAAUAUUGUGUUUGAACAGCUUUCAGCUAUUCUUUCAUCAAUUGAGUGUGCUUUGAAGAAGAACUUACAGUCUACUACUGUUGAUAAUGAAGCAAUAUGUGUUGUUGACAGACUUUUGCAGCAAUUACCUGAUUCUGUCAUGAUCAAAAGUACAGCCCACUGGAGCAAGCUGGUAUUCCCUAUGACUAUUAGCUCCGCUGGAAAGGUUCGAGAAUACUCUCUGGCAAUUGUGUCUUCACACCUUGAUAAAAUAAUCUCUGCAAGAGAGGAAAUACUGCCUUGGUUUUUGCCACUUUUGAAGUCUGGUUUCAUAGGUGAAAUGUCAAAGCUUUGCAGUGAAAAAAAAGACCUGUUCAUAUUGAGACUUUGGUCAUGCAUUGUGCCAUUGCUGGGAAAGGCACUUCAUAGAAGUAGCUUGAUUAAUGAUAUUCUUAAGCUUGUUGAGCAGGGUUUCAAGAAUCCAUCUGUUAGCAUUCAAGUAGAGUCAUACUUUGCUUGGCAGGUGUUGAUUGACAAUUUUGCAAUAAAUCAAGAUGUUCUGAGUGCUCCAAAACGAGUCAAUCUGAUUAUGAUGCCAUUAUUGAACUCGGCUGUCAAAGAACGAAAUGAAAAAGUGGAAGCAGCAAGACUAUCAACUUGGUGGCAUUUUGUGUGUGCUUUUGAGAGUAAAARACUCUUGAAUCUUUUUGACAAGAUAUGUAUACCUUUGCUUCAGUUCAUAUUUGGCACAAGCAUUGACCAAGUCAGUUUGCUGAAGAGCAAGGACGGUUUUGGCGACCUCAAAUGCCCUCCAACACCAACAAAUGGAAAGUUUAUAAACAAUUCCUUGUUUGAAACACCAAAAGCCACAGCGAGAAGGUCACUCAAAGACGUGGGGACUCCUAAAACUCCUACUGUCAUUCAUGCCAGCUUUGCAAAGGCUACCAAGGACAAGCUCUUGAUUCAGGGAUGUGAAAUACUGGAGAAACUAUUGGCAGUUGAUGGUUCCAGUCCUGCCAACAUUCAGUUCACUCUUGAAGAUGAUAUUAAAGGGCCAGUCUUCCAGACAAGUGAAGCAUUUCAAAAACAUGCUACUGUAUUGAUAAGUGCAGUGAGAGAAGCAUUCAAAGCUUGUGGCAGUGAACUUCAAGAUUCCUUGGCAAUGAGUAUUUGGAAUAACCUUGUCACACUUGUUGAAAGUGUUGUCCUUAAAGAAAGAAUCAGUUUAUUUGAGUCUCAUUUUCUUCCUCUACUGGCAACUGCUACAGAGCUCAUUGGAAGCAGUAAUAUCACGACUGUAACUAGUCUUAAAAUGCUUGUUAGACUCUCAAAACUCUCACCUCUCUUGAUCAGCCAUCAUUGUACAAGUCUGCAAUCUAAAGGCAACCCUCAAGGGUCUAUUGCUAUUGAUCUUCUGCAUCAACUASUCUGUUCAUUGAAAUGGUACCAUGAACCAAACCAUGAGAGAGUUUUUAUAUCCUUUGAGAAUCUGUUGUCUUGUGGGCUUGACGCCCCAAGUGGUCAACUCACUCAUGUUCAGGCAGUUUUACAACUACUCCAGAGUGUUGCAAGUUUAUCAGAGAAAAAGCACCCACUGUGGCGUCUUUGGAGUUCAACUGUAUCGAAACUAAAUGAACACAUUAUAAAGAGUAAUGAGGUGAAUCAGRGAAAUGCAUUGGAUCAUGACUUCACAGCAGUAUAUCUUGCAUUCUUGUUUGCGGCCAAGGAACUUCUUAAUGCUUCUCUAGGCCAGGGAGAAAUAAGAUCUAUCAACAAAGACUUGAGUGAGCUUUACAGGAGUUUCUCCCGUGCAGCAGCGCUAGUGCCGUCAAUAGAUGCCAACACCUGUGCUGAAGAAUUAUGUCUUAAGUUGCUGGACAACUGGACUGCAAACCAAGCACAGGAUAUUUCUUUCCUGAAUGGGAUGAUAAAUCUAGUAAUCACUAUCCUGGAAUGCAUGGACUACACCAUUACACCAGUAUUUGCAGGCAAAUCUCCCAUCAAGUCACCUUCAAAAUGGACAAAAAAGAUUGCUCGCCCCCUUGGGAACAUGACCAGCACAGUAGAACUGAUGAGGAGACUCAUUACURCAUGCUAUAACAUGGUUGAUUCCAAGAAAGCAAGUAGCAACUCCGGCAUGUUGGCUGCUCUGAUGACCAAUUUGGUUGACAGCCUUUCAAUGUUCUUUCAACAUUUGAAUGGAGCAUCAAUGAUUGCUGCAGCAACUGAACAACUUUCCUUGUCACUUGUUCCAAUAGUGAGGUCCUCACACUCCAGUGUAAAAGAAUCAAAAUCAAGUAUGGAAAAGSCAAUCUUCACAACAAAAUUCAUUCAAAAGGUUGAGAAACUCUGGCAAGAUAUUCUGACCAGCAUACAAAGCCGGCAUGGUGAACCAUACAGUAGUGAACUACUUGCUGCCUUGUCUCCUCUACUGGAGGUCACAUUUGUUCACCACAGAAGGCAGCUGAAAAACCAAACAAUAAUAUUCUGGAAUGCAACAUUUGCUAAWUCUCAGACAUUGGAGUAUUCAAACGAUUUAAGAUCUGUCCUGCUGUCAGUCAAAGAUAAAGCAAAUCUGACUGUUCCUGGAUUGAAAAGUACAGAGGAUCCUCUUAAAGAAGCACAGGCUGAAAUUGAGAUUGAGGAAAUGAGUCAAAUGACUCAGCCCCAGGGAUCCCCUGUCAGGAUAAAACCCUUGAUGUUUCUUGGGGGGUCCCCUAAGGUCAAGGGUAGCUUUCUCCACAAGGCUGCUGAGGCAGAGAAAGCUGUGGAAAAAAGCUCUCCAAAUAAGGCAUGGACAGAACCAAGGCUGCCCUCCAAGAGUAAAGGUGCAACACGUAAUACACAUGCCAGAAGGAAACUACCACUCUCCUUCUUAGAUGAUGAUAGUCAGGAUUUUGUGAGGAUAGCCCCAUCACCAACUAAAAAACGUCUGCUUACGGAGCACCAAAAAGAAGUGAUGCAAGAGAAAAGUGCUGUGCCUGCACUGUAUAACUGUUUGGACCAAUCCCAGGAUGCCUUCUACUCCACUCAAGAGUCUUUACUAUGUACUCCUUCACCAAUYGAAGACCAAUUAGCGCCCUUCGCAAAUAAGGUGUCAGUCACUGAAGAUGAGGACAAAGAAAAGAUGGUGGAAACCAGAGAGGAGAUAGAUCAUGUCGCUGAGAGCAAACCUAGCAGAGAUAGUGAUCAAGAAGUCACUGAAGAAUUCAAGAAAGUGAAUGAGAUACCUGAAACAAUGGAAACAGACAUCGAAGACCCCUUAGCAACAACAAACACUGCUCCAAGCCUGGAAACUCCAGAGAAGGAUGAACCAAUGACGUCAUGGCUUGCCACAUCCCACACGGAUAAAGAUGCAGAGAGAAAAGAAGAAGUAACUUCACCUGAUGUUAUACCAUCAUCUCAAGUGUCUGAUUCCCCUCGUCAUUUCAAGUCACUUAGAAGAUCUGGUUGUAUUCCUGUUCGCAAUAGUAUGGUAGUACUGCUCAAAGAUGUCAACGAUAGGGAUAAAAACACUGCUGAGAAAAUUGGAGGUGAAACUGUUCAACUACCAGAAAUCAUCCCGAUCUCAGAUAUAACCGAUAACGAUGAAAUGAUGGAUAAAAAACAUAGUGAGAGCCAAGAGAUCGAAGCGAAGGACGAUAAAGAUAAAGGUAAAGGAAGCUCUACCAAGGUGACGUCGUCCAGGAAGAAAAAGAAAUCAAUGRCUGAGAAAUCCAAGACUUCGCCGAUUGCCGGUCGAACAAGAAGAGGACGUCAGCUGAAACUGGAAACACCCAAAAAAGACAACGAAUCGUCUGAAAAUAACUCAGGAGCAACAGAGAAUUCCUUGGAAAAUCAGGAAUCUUCUUCAAGUACUCAAAAUACAGACUCACAAGAACAGGGACCCGUAAACAAUGAAAAUCACUUAGAUUCAGAGAAACCGGAAGCGGAAGGGAAUGAAAAAGAGGAAGUGGAUCCAGUAAGACCUCUAGAGUCUCUAGAUGUAAAAAGCAAGGGCACUGCCCAGUUCAGUAAAGGCGUGAUGUCAUCUCCUGUUUCGUGCGCAAAGAUUAAAUUUAUGAAACCUAACACCGGAAGUCCAACCCAGCCUUCUGUUAUCAAAAGUUUCCAUUCUCCUGUAUCGUCGCCUUCCACAGGGAUCUUGAAGAGAUGCACUGGGCGGUACGACUCGCCGUCUCCUCCAAAUAAGGUAAGACGUGUGUCAUUCGCAAUGCCGUUAGCACAGGAACCCCAACAAAAGGAAACGAGCGUAAAUCCAGCAACAGAGAAACCCACAGUUACCCAAUCAGAGCUAACAGAAUCGUCAAAAGACACAGAACCAGUUAUGACUACACCAUCGAGAGGCUCUGAGAACUUUACUAUUAUCAAACGACGUCGCAAGACCCCAUCAGCAGGUAAAGACGGAAAGGAUGACAAUGCAUCRUGUAUCUAUCCCGAUCUCGUGAACUGUAACGUACCAGUCGAACAAAUCCUACCAUCACUGUGCUCCUUUACCUGGUCACGUGGGCUUGGUCACGUGAUUCACGCGCAGAACAUCAGGACAGUUGGUAACCUAUCAUCAUUGAAGGAAUUCCAGAUCAAUAAUCUGCCAAUACGAUCUCCCAAAGUACAAACCUUACGGGCUGCGCUGACAAACUUCCAUCAGAAAACUAAGGGAUCGAAGUCCAAGACUGCGAGAGAUAUAACAGCAUUAUCAGGAAAAGAAAAGAAWUGGGGUGAUAAAUCUAUUGAGAGCAAUCUAAAUUGUCCAACAAUCUUGGAAAGCGAAGAUAUUGUGAACAAUAAUAGCAUGAACGUACUGGAAAAACAACUUAGUGCUUCCGAUGAAAACAUGGCAAAUUCUGAAGAAUCGUGUGAAAAAUCUGAGGAAAAAGUGUUGGAAAGUGAGGAAAACAAAGAAACGGAAAGAAAUGUUUCGUUGGAAGAAGUAAAAGAGAAGGAGAACGAAAAAGAUAGUGAAGGUGGAGAGCAGAGCGCGAAAUGUGGUGACGAAGAUCUUACUAAAGACCAUACCGUGUGUACAUCUUCUGUUGAACGAGAAUCUGUAGUUUUAUCCGAAAAAACAUCAUUGGGGUCUGAGGACGCUAAAGAGAUCAAACAGGAUGAAGUUUCUGUUGAAAUAUCAUACACGCCUCCUCUACCUGUACCAGAAGACGUUGAUGAUAGUGAUACUCUAGAUGAAGAAGUGAACAAUACUACGCCUACGAGGACAGCCUGUUCAAAGCCAACAGUCCUGUUUUCUCAAAGUGAUGAUGAAAGUGAAGGUAAUAAAGUGUACAGUACCAGUGAGUUGAUGAGUAUCAUUAAUGCGGAUAUAGAAAAUUAUGCUGCUUCGAAUGAUGAAGAAGAAAUGGAAAAAACAACAGAUAUGACUGAAAAAGUUGAUGAUGACAAAGAAUCUGGACUUGAAAUUGGUGAACUUCCUUCGGGUGCUGAUAACACUGCUGACAAUGAGCUAAAAUACAGAAAUAAUGAAGAACAGCAACAAGAAGAAAAGCAAGAUAAACACGUAGAUGAAUCUACUAAGGAUGAAACAGUUCAAAACACUCGAGAAGAAACACCCGAACAAUCAUUUUAUCACACUUUAAACUCAGUUCUUGAGAAAGCAUCUCCCGAAGUCUUAGCAAGAUUUUCUAACGAAGAAAUCUUUGUCGYACAUAAAAACCUAACAGAACUCAUGUCUCGAGUCGUUACUGUUCUUCAAGAAAGGCUACAAACRCCGUUACUAGGACAAGAAAAAUAGACUCUGGUCCUAAAUUGAGAGAUUUAGUAUUUUGCGGUUACAAAUUUAACUCCAAGAUUAACGCGAGUGAACUGAAAUUGUCCUCGAAAACGCCAUCGAAACUCGAAUGUAAGAUAUAUUGGUUAUAUUUCGAAUUAGCGGUUUAAAGUAUACUUUGAGGAAUUUCCUUCUUCAUAUAUUAUAAGCUUGAUUUUUAUAUUAUUAUAAUAAAUGUGAUGUUUAUUUCGUAAAUAUUGCUGUAUUUGUCACCUUUUAGUUUGGGCUGAUAGACAUCUAGAUAGAUUGAAUAUUGUAAAGUCAACUAAGAAUGUAAAUAAAGGCAGACAAGUAAGAA